AAAGCACCUCUGCGUACUCUGGGUCGGUAGAUGGAAGCUUGUAUGCAAUGAAGAACCAAAAGGGGAAGCUGAGGAUGACGAUGCCAAUGACUCUUUCAUUUUGUUACAUGGCGUUGCUCUGGUCGAGAGAACCAAUUACGUUGUCUGAGCUCUUAAGGUUUGUUGUUGAAGGUCAUAUUCCAUAUCUGAAUGUUUUUCAGCAUUUUCCAGAGAAGAUGCAAUUAUGUGGACUUGAUCUUAAGAUCUUUUGUGUAGAGUCGUGGCCUGUAUAUGAAGAAGUAUACAACAAAAUGCUUGAGCUUGCAGUGUUUUUAGACCUCCCUCGUUUUCCAGAUAUUACAGACAGCUGCUUUCUUCAUCCAGACAUGUUGUGUAUGAAGUACUUGAUGGAAGCUAAUUUACCUGAUGAAUUGCAUACUUGGACGUGUCGAGUGGUGAAAAAGGUUGGGAUUGGGAACGUGGAUUUCCUGACUCUUGUGCCUGGAAAUAAGUCAACAAGAAAAGUGAAGUAUGAUGUUCUCGCUGCAGCAGUUAUUGUAGUUGUGCUCAAACUACUGUUUUUAUUAGAUGAUCGCUAUGAAUGGUUACUUUCAGACUUUGCUGAAGAAAGAAAUAAAAAUAACAAAGAAGGUGGUCCAUAUUUCGAGUUCAAGAAGUGGUACAAGGUGAUAAAACAGUCCUUGGAUGUCAAGCAAAAGAAAAUGGAUGAAGAAAGAGCCAAGUGUCUGUGGAGAUGUGACAAGCCACUGUUUUAUUCAGUCAAGAAUAAAUCUAAAGUGUUAAAGAAAAGACAGAUGGUUGUGAACUUACAAAAUCAGUUUGGCAAGCUGUCUGGUUCAGCACAACGUGCUGAAAAGCCAAAUCCUUCAAGUUUUCAGUUAAGUUGGUCUGAAGAAAACACAGAUGGGUGUUGUUUUCACGGGCAUAGCCUGAAGGGAGUUUUGCAAGAAAAAUGUGGUUUACUUACAGCCAUGAACCCUGACUACUGGCUGUGUACAGUCAAACUAUGCAAUGAAAAAUUGUGUGGUCAUCUGGCUCAUUACAGAGAAGUGGACUUUCCCCAGAGUUACCAUUUUGUACUAAGGUUAUUCUCCUUUCUUCUGAGGAUUCAGCCCUCUUAUAUCCAUGAUGAGGUGUGUAUGAUAGAACACAAACUUUUCAAUAAAAAACUCUAUAAAAAGCUAAAAUACAACACUGUCCUAAGGAAGUAUUAA